CAAAGCUGUUCCUCCACGACAACUUUUAAUUUAACUUUGUACAACCGAGUGCAUUUAUAACCAUGGAAUGCGGUGUAAGAGGUAAUCCAAUGUAAAUGAGUAUGUCUUGUAAUACGUCGGCGUUCAAUACGGAAAAUGUCACGUUAUCGUGUUAACACGUCGUCUACCGAACGCUAAUACAACACAAAAAUGUAUGGUUUGACGCUCACUGGCCCACUUGUUUUAAACCGGUUUACAGACAUGAAUUAUUUAGGUAAUGAAAGAGCAAAACAUGCAACGGGAAAAAUAUUAUAAUAUGACGGUGCUGCGAACAGACGGCUAGUCGUGGCCUAGCAAAGAUUCGGUUGCGCCAUUCAAUCCUGUCGCAGAAACUGGGCUUCGUGCUUUUCAUCCCGAUUUUAUACACUUUUAAAACUACGUUUACUUGUACAUGGAUGAAUUUGACAUAAAACCAAACACUUGGUACUAUACGUUCUGUUGGGGUGUGUUUUUGUUGGCCAACACAGAAGUAAUGUUAAGAAACGUGUUUGAUAUAACUUGCAUUUCGAAACUAUGCUCCCUCUGUCCAGGAAUUAAACGGCAAUAAAGAUGGUUAAGAUCUUUGUUGGCAACCUAUCUUCAAGCACGACUACGGAAGAUCUGCGCUCGCUUUUUUCCGAAUACGGCAAAGUAAAAGAGUGCGACGUCCUGAAAAAUUAUGGGUUUGUACACAUGGAAAGUAAGCAGGAGGCGGAAGAGGCUAUUCGCAAACUCCACCAUCAUGAGUUGAAAGGUCAAGCUAUAAAUGUGGAGAUGAGCAAAGGGAAACCCAGGGGCUCCACGAAGCUGCAUGUGAGCAACAUCAGCAGCGGCUGCACCAAUCAGGAGCUUCGCGAAAAGUUUGAAGAGUAUGGUCCUGUAGUUGAGUGUGACAUAGUGAAGGACUAUGCCUUCGUACACAUGGAGCGAAUGGAGGAUGCCAUGGAGGCCAUCAGUGGGCUGAAUAACACAAACUUCCAAGGCAAGCUGAUCAAAGCACAACUAUCCACAAGUCGCCUCCGCACAGUGCCGGGCAUGGGAGAACAAACUGGCUGUUAUGUCUGUGGGGAACAGGGCCACUGGUCCAAAGAUUGCAGACGUGGUCAGAAUGGUAGCUAUGGUGGAAACAUGGGGGGAUUCCCUGGCAACAGAGGCCCCCCACGAGGUGGGCCAAGCUAUGGCAUGAGUAGCCCUGGAGGUCCUCCUAGUAGAGGUUACCCAGCAGGGCCACCUCCCCCUCCCCAGCCUAUGAGCCGGCGUCCCAGCUAUGGGGAGUAUGUCGCAGAAUCUCGAGAUCGGUUCCUCAGCAGGCCACCGAGUACUUAUCCAGAGAGGGUGCCCGCGUAUGAACGAGAACGCUACGGAAGCAUCGAUUACUAUGAGAAGUAUCGGGCUCGGCCGGUUGCCUCUAGUUAUUAUGAGGAAAAGCCUCUCUCUAUCCCCCCUCCUCCCCCUCCCUCUUCUUUCUCAAGGAUGCGGUUGGCUCCACCCAGCCUCAAUCCCUACGAUCGACAUCCUAUGGUGCCCCCGUCUCCUGCGGCAUCAGCGUACUUCUCGCGGGACCGUAGCCCCAUCAGACGUGUGGGCGCCGGUGCGGAAGGCUACUUGUACGAGCGCUCGCGACUUUCCCCGGUUUCAAGGAGCUCAGCAUCUUACGACGCGCCGCGAGCCAGAGACGGCUACACCGAGCGGGUUCGAUACACAUACUAAGCCACACACAUGCUAAGGUGAGCUAAUGCGGGUAGUUAACAUUGAUAACCGAGAUGAGAUGUCUGCGUGAUCUGUUCUAUGCGAAGAUAUGUGUUCUGACCAAAGCAUUUAAGUGAGUGGAUCAGAACAAUGCAGUAAGCCUCUUCGAGUACAGAUAUUCGUAAGAACAGCCGCUUUACUCGGGUGAGAAAGUGCAGUUGAAAAUUGGCAUUAGUCUGUGUAACAGUUUUCAACAUAUUUGUUGUUCAAUUUAGGUGUUUUCAAGAGACAUCUUUCCUUCCACCUAUAUGACUUUGCCUCGAUCAAAAAUGGCUCAAGAUACUGCGCUGGAUUUGAAAGACGCAGGAUUGAAAAGACACAAUGAUCAGCUCUGCACAUAAUUAUUUUACCCAUGUUACACCAACUACUGUUGAAUUGCCCCUUUCCCUUUAAGUCAUUUUCAGCCAUCUUUGUAUUAGUUAAAAAAAAUAGUUAUUGUGCAAAAAUUUUGUUUUGCCUUCAGAUGUAAGGUGCAGUAUCUGAUUGUAAGCAUCAUUUUUAAGCUUUACAAUACUAAGUGAGUUUGUUUUCCAUGGUUGUUGUGACACUAUUAUUUACUUGUUUUUUUUCACCAGCUGUAAUUACGUUUAAGAUUUGUGAGGACAAUCUUGUUGUUUCUUUUGGUGGUGAAUUCUACAGCUGCGAAAUGCAUACUGAAAAAUAAAUUCAAAUCCAACAUUCCAACUUAUUUCAUAUCUUCCACAGGCGAUUGGUCUUAUAUGUAUGAACUGUUCAGAGCUAAGUUUGCAUCUGAUCAGAGAUGCUUGAUAAAUUGCUUAUGUUUGUGUAUAGGGUACAUUCAACUGAAGUUAUUCUGUGAGGUCUGAGAGUUUUCGUUUUGUGUACAUUGAGAUUUGGAAGUUUGGCAAAAUAAAUUUUUCUUUUUUUUAACCCCCGGAGAUGUGAUUUAAUAUAGAAUGUAAAACUGCCCGCACUGCUGUGGCUUGGCAACAUUGUGUACUGCUUUUGGAUGCAAACUGAUUGUUAUUCUGUGUUUGCCAAUGACUUUAUGGGAGGGUAUUUUUCAAUUGUAAUAGGCACCUUAAAGGGAUACAUCACCCAAAAAUGAAAAUUGUGUCAUUUACUCACCUUUCAGUUGUUUCAAAUCUGUUUAUUGUGUUUGCUCUGAUGAACACAGAGAAAAAAUAUUUGGAAGAAUGCUAAUAACCAGUCAGUUUUGCUCCCCAUUGACAACCAUAGUAGGAAAAUAUACAAGGGUAGUCAAAUGUCCCCCAGAUCUGUUUUCCAUCCUUCUUUCUUCAAAAUGUCUCUAAAAAACAAAUGCAUUUAAAAGUAUUUUUUCCUUCUAUGGAAGUCAAUGGGGGGCGAAAUCUGUCUGGUUAUAAGCAUUCUUCCAAAUUUCUUUCUCUGUAUUCAACAGAAAAAGAAAUGUAAACAGAUUUGGAACAACUGAAAGGCGAGUAAAUGAAACAAUUAUAUUUUAUGGGGGACGCAUCUCUUUAAAGUAUAAUGGUUGGAAGUGUGGCGUGUAUACGUGAAAAUGAAGUGUAAAUUCAGAUUGGAAAAUAUUAACCAACUCUCACUCAGGGCUUUAUUCACCUUUGAGACUGGUGGUAUUUACAAGCGUUUCUUCUUUAUGGGUGCCUUGGGAAGCUCUGUGAAAAUGUUUAUAAAUUUGAUUUUCUGUAGUUUGUAUAUUUUCAAAAGAAUUCAGGAGGGUGUUUUAUGAAUUAUCUUUUGUAAUAAACCAAUAUUUUGGUGACAAA